UUGGUAUCAAGGCAUGAAGAACCCCUCUCCCGAACCGCCGCCGCCGACACCGAUGCUAACUUUCUCCCGCAGCAAUACUUCCGUCAGCUCCUGUACAUCGGUGACACCAAGUACGGUCGCUUCGUCGGCGAGGACAAGGCCGGCAACAAGUUCUACGAGAACAACGACGAACUCCCCCUCCGUACGCGAUGGGUGGACUUUAAGAAGCACGACUACGACUCGGCCCAGGUCGAGCCCGGCUGGCAUGCGUGGCAGGGCUUCAUGGUCGACAAGCCCCCCACCGAGGACCCCCUCCUCCAGACCAAGGUGCGCAAGUGGGAGCGCCCGGAACCGAUUCCCAACUUGACUGCCACCAGGGGAGCGUUCAAGACGUAUAACACAACGAAGCCGAAAAUCUACUCUUGGGAACCCAAGGCCAUUGAGAGGCAAUGA